AUGAACUUUAAUAGUCAUUUGGUUUUAAAUCCACCUAUAUUUGUACAAGUCACGACUCCUGCACAACUACCGCUGAUUCCAGAAGCCUAUAAACCAUUUCCUCAUUACAAUUUAGAAGUAGUACAAUGGUCGCUAUUAUUCGGUGUCUGUUUCAUGCUCGGCGUUGGAAUGGGCGCCAACGAUGUGGCUGACGCAUUCGGAACUUCUGUGGGCACUGGAACCGUUACAGUAACCCAAGCAUUCAUUCUAGCUACCAUAGUAGAAAUGAUGGGAUCAGUGGCAUCCGGAUUCUCAGGAGAUGGCAAAGCAUUGAAAAUAAUUCAUACCAGUUCCUAUGCAGACAACCCGGAUGAAUUGGUGAUUGGUCAAAUUGCAAUGCUGGUUGGAUGUGCCACGUGGCUUAUGGUAGCCACCUACUACAGUAUGCCGGUAUCAUCGAUUCAUUCUUUAUUGGGUGCCACAAUGGGUUUCUCAUUUGUACUACGUGGGCUGGAGGGGAUAAUUUGGAGCCGGGUUUUAUUGAUGCUCUUGAUAUGGGUAUUUUCUCCUCUGGUAUCAGCAAUUUUCACACUUAUCACAUUUUUUCUACUGGAUGUUAUUAUAUUAAGAGCGAAAAAUCCAGUAAACACUGGGCUAUUCCUACUGCCUGGAAUCUAUGUAAUCGUGGUGUUCACCAAUGUUUUUCUAUUUCUACAAGAUGGAUCCAGAGUGCUACGAUUCGACGAGAUUCCGUUCAUGUAUACGGUAGCUAUAUCGCUAGUAAUAUCAGUUCUGGCUGGAUUUUUGGCACUUUUCGUGGUGGGACCAGUGAUGAAAAGAAGAUUGAAAAAAAAAACCGAAGAGCUCCCUCGAAUCGCAAGCUCCCUAUCGUAUACAUUUGAGCCAACUGGGUGCCUCCGAAAAGCUGUGUAUUGGGCAUUUCCGCCAAUGAGAAACGAUGAUCAGAAAGCUGUACGACUUUUCAGUUUCCUUCAAAUUUUGACAGCCUGCUUUGCUGGUUUUGCUCAUGGAGCUAAUGAUAUAACAAAUUGUGUGGCACCAAUUCGGGAAUUGGUGCAGAUGUAUAAUCAAGGAUAUCGAGAAGAUAAUACAGACUUAAAUAUUUCCGUCUACGUCGGAUUACUCACCACACUGGCUGUUCUGAUGGGAAUUUGGACACUGGGGAUUCGAGUCAUACGAACUGUUGGAGAGAAUUUCGCGAAAAUGAAUCCAGCGACAGGCUUCUCCGUGGAAUUCGGCGCUGCCAUCUGCGCCUUGGCCACCAACACGUACAACAUUCCCCAAAGCAUGACCCAUUGUCUCGUUGGAUCAAUUUUCGGAUUGGGUCUAGUCCGAUCCGGACCGAUUUUGAAAUGGCACACUGUCAAAUACGUUUUCUUAUCUUGGAUUUUGACCAUACCGGUUUCAGGUCUCAUAUCGGCUGCUGUAAUGUAUCUGCUACAAGCGAUUCUUUCAUUUUGA